ACACAUUAAUCCGCAAAUUUAUAUUGUUUAAAAUAACACUUGAUAUAUUUACGACCAUUUAACAAUCUGAGGCUAACAAUAUAAGACGAUGGCACGCUAGCCUGAAACAGGCCCGACGCGGGUGACGCGUCUGGCACAUGAAAAUGAAAGUGGGCAAACAUUAAUUUCUUAUCAACAACCCUUGACUUUCCAGCGCUCUGGCGAUAGCACCCACAGUUUAUUUUCAGAUUAUGGCUCCAGAAUCACUAGAUGCUGCGCAAAAAAAGCGCAAUCGCUUACCCUUUAAGCCGCCGCGACGCCAAUCUUCCAUUGCUGCAGAGGGGUCUUCCGCCGCCGCACCCAAGACAACGAAAUCCAAAUCAGCGACGAAAAAGUCUACGGCCUCAGCUACAGCUCGGCGAAAAUCGACGGCAAUGACGUCGAAGAAACGAAAAGCGCAGACCCUACCAGAGUCCGACGACGAGGACGACGAUGAUAAUAAUGCUUCAGAAGAUGGAUCUGGAUCAGAAUCAGGAGGACAUGAGCGCUCUGCGUCGCAGGAACCAGACUACAUUCUAGCAGAAAUUAUUACGAAUGAGAAGCCCCACAAUAUUGAAUCCGGCGAGCCUGCUAUCCCGCCAAAACUGCUUACAAAGCUCCUGCAUCAACAUUUCCAGAAUAAAAAAACCAAGAUUACGAAAGAUGCCAAUGAGGUUGUUGCGAAGUACAUGGAUAUAUUUGUGAGAGAGGCAUUGGCUCGGGCUGCAUAUGAACGAACUGAGGGAGGGGGAGGGAACUCGGCAAUAGAUGGAUUUCUCGAGGUUGAGGAUCUCGAGAAAUUGGCACCGCAAAUGACACUCGACUUUUAAAAAAGGCGAUUAGAUAACGAUUAUUAUGAGGCGUUAGGAAUUGAGGGAUUGUUAUAUAAGAUACCGGGUUGGGGAGUUUUACUUUAGUUCAGAAAUAAAAUAACAGAUGGAUCUGAGAAUUUUUUAAUAGCUGCUCUAGUAUGAGUAUGGAUGGCAGUGUUAAUCGUGAGACACUAUUUGGGACACACCUGAAUCGUCGUUAGUUUAGCAUACGUUGACCUAAAAUAAGAGAACCGAC